UUUCAGAGACAAAAUGUCUAUAACAACUUGCCAGAAGGUGACUCUGAUAUCAUGCUCUGUUCUCUGCGUUUCUCUCUUCCUGCCCAGAAUGCUUUUACCCAGGGGUAGGAAGGAGACGGGGCAGCCUGAGGGUAAGGCGGCUUAUCAGAUCAUCAGCCAUCCAUCCAUCUCCAUCCUACUGCGAUGCUCUUUUUUUUUUGCUACGACUGCUGCUGUUGUUGUUGUUGUUGUUGCCAGCUGUUAGUCUUGUAUACAGACUGUAGCAGGCCUAGGCCCCAUUGUAGCGCACACAUGUUCAUCAUAAUGUAACGAAUACAAGACUAAAACGUGCAGUGCAUAUUCUGUAUGCACAAGAAUAUUUUAUAAAACCAUAUUAAUUAAAGAAAUACAUGCGAAACUUUGCAUUCUAAAACAUAGUUUACACAUGAAUGGUCGAUAUAUUAAUAUAGAAAUGUAAAACAAACUGUUUCCAGUGUGCAUGUUGUUAUUAUUAGUGUGUUGGAUAUGGUGAGGGAACUUUAUUUAAAAAUCUAAGAUGACUGAGUGCAUUUUGUGCUCUGUAUUUUGCUUUCUAUGUUUGUCUUACUUUACUCAAAACUUUAUUUAAAACUUCAGACCGUGCGGCACCUCCAAAAUCUACAAAAAGGGAUAAAAUAUUCAUGGCAGUCUUACCUCUUGACUCCAUGGAUGAGUCUCUCCUGUCCAAGUCUUGCUGGUCCAAAAGAAACCGAGACUUUUCUUCACCUGCAGGGGUUGAAUCCUGACCAAUGUUGCUUAAACUGGUAGCAUGAUAGCGUCCUAAGAGGUCGGACGGAUGGCGUGUUUUUACCUACUUUAAUAAGGUUAUGAGAAGUGUUUGCGGUGAAUUUCAGUACUUUGGUAAGUUUUGAAAGCUUGUGCAAAACUUAGACCAACAAUUUUUAACUUCCAGUGUGUCAACUAGCCAAACAGUGUGCCACAAAACGACUGCUACCUGCAGUUCACUAAUUAAAGAGACGACCACACCUGUGUGUGAUUUUUGGAUUGGCGCUAAAAAGAGCUUGUUUGUAAUUGGGGGAACGGGCUGUCAAUCAAAGGCAGCAGAAUAUGAUUAGUGUGGAGGUGCAGAGUGGGCGGGACAAACGACUCAAGAGGAAGUUUAAAUAUUAGGGACACCAAAUACUCGAUAACACAACAGAAUUACGGAAAUUACAUUCAGUAAGUCAGAAGCAAAGAGCAGAAUCAUGAGAGAAUGGCAAACGUGUUGGGAGGUAGGUAAUAAAGGAAGACAUUUUUAUGGAAUUAAGCAAAAAGUGGAUAGUAUGGAAAUUAAAGGAAAAUCUAUCAGGAAACAAACAGUAACAGUAUCACCAUAAUUUGAAUAUCUAAGAACAAACAUUGCUGGCAACAAAACUUCAAACUAACCCAUUCAUUUAUUAAAUCUUUUAUUCAUUAAUUCAUGUUGACUGACUGAUUCUUGUCUCCUUCAGUCAGACCCGGGUUCUACCCAUCUGCGAUGCACCAGCUGUCUGUGCAAGAGGACCCAGAGCACUGGGAUGUGGACCCUUCCUACGCCAUGGCACACAACGCUGAAAUCAUGGCUAAAGUUAAAAUCACUGGACGAGGCAAAAAAUACAACUUGAUGUCUCAAGUCAUACCCAUAUAUGGGUUUGGCAUCCUUCUUUACAUCUUAUAUAUAAUCUAUAAGGUAAUUCCCUCAGUAUUUACAGCAUUGUCCUGUACUGUAAUAUUCUACACUGUACUGCAUGUCGUGUACUGCUAAUUCUUAAGGUAAUACUGCAGUGACUGGCCACUAUAUGCAAACCACAUUUAGUAAAUUACCACUCUAAUUCUAAUUAUGAUCUUCACAGCUGACAUGUAAGGGGAAGACUUCCAAAUCAGGAAACUGCACUCCAGCAGCCAAGACAAAUAUGGAGAAUCAGAUAAGUAAGCUCCAUUUCAACAGCAAUGUUUUUCUCAUUUAUUCCAACAGUUUCAGGCCUCAUGCAAGUUAAAAUCUUUCCUUAUUGUUAAUUAAAUGGCAGAUAGUAUUAAUUAUUUUAUUUUUUUCAUGCACGUGUUCUUAAAAAUAGUCAAAUUCAAAUGUACAGUAUGGAAAUUGCCUGUAAUUGUAAACAGGAUUUUACCAAAUGAGUAGCACCUCUAGUAUACUGAAGUAAAAAUUAAUCACACACCCUUUAUCAUUAGUGUGUAUGUCUGUUUUCCUGAACACACCUGCGUGGUUUCUGGUGUAAAUCUUGCAGGUGAUUAUGAGCUUGCCAGGCUUCACGAGAGACUACUGCAAACAGAGAGGAUGAUGGAGAAGAUUGUCUCUGGAAAGGGUCAGAGCUCUUCAAAGUAAGACUUAUUCCCUUUUUUUAACAUCCAAUCAGGACACAGAAACCACAAACAAAAACGGGAUAGAUAACUGUUGAUCUGGCAUGCAAAUAAAAGUGUCCUCAAACAACAGGAAAAUGAACUGUGUUUUACUAAACUGAUAUCUUUGCAGAUUUUUUGUUUUUACUGAAUUGGAAGUUUAAAUAGUUGUAUUUAUUUGCACUUUGCUAAAUUGGUAUCCUUUUCAAAGCUACAUUUUGGGGAUUUUUGUGUGUGUAUUUUUUUUUACAACAAAAAAGAGACAGCAAUCACGACAACAAGUACUACAGCCUCUUUGACUGAGGUGUGCAUGCUUCAACCACUGAGCUAAACCAACCCACCUAAUUAAUCCGUCAAAUACAGAAAAUCACAGACUCUACAUUAAGUAUUUUAUUAUGAUAGUAUGAUUUUGUAUGAUUACUAUCUUAUUAUUUGAGGAUGUACAAAUAUGUUAAUGGAGGUUAUGCAAUAUGCAAUGUCUGAAUUUCUAAUGUAGUUUUUUAAUGUAAGAAAAGAAAUGUUUAGAAAAGUGAACUUGCAGAGUGAUGUACGCAACUUACCCGUUUCUCCAUAUCUUUGUUGCUAUCUAGUGGUAGAAGGAGGAGGAGUAAAACUACACCCUCGAAGAAGGAGGAGAAAUUACUCAAGCAGCUCCGACAGUUCACACAACUGAUAGAGGAGGGCCGCUUGGAGGGAGCCUCCCCAGAGAUGGAAGCUGAGGAAGUGCCCUACUGUGCAGACUGGGAAGGUACGGUACUCACCGGAAAGUGAAACUCUUCUGAUAAACAGCGAGUUAAUUCAGUCUUGAAGAGAAGUUAAACCAAAAGAAUGAAGUUUAUAAUACAAGUUGUGUUUUUCUUUUGUGCAUACGACUGCAGGUUAUCCAGAGGAGACUUACCCAGAUUAUGGUGAAUCGUACGAAAGAUGUACAUUUGAAGGUUUUACGCUGCAGGAGCCCUCUAACCAGCCCACUGCUGAAGCUCUGGCAGAGAGGAUGGAGCAAGAAGAGGAGGAGGUUGUGGCGAGGAAACUUUCCAUAGUUCAAGAGGAGGAUGAAGAGGAAGAGGAUGAAGAAGAGAAAGAGGAACAGGAGGAGGAAGACGAGGAGGAAGAAGCAGAAGACAUUGAAGAAGAGGAGGAGGAGGAAGACGAAGAAGAGGAAGCAGAGAAAAAACAGCUGCUCUGCCUACCUUCACCCCAGCGUAGUGUGGAGAGGAAACAGGAGAGAGUUGGUUUAGAGGUGAGCAGAGAGCUUCAGUGUCACACCCCAGGCAAGAAGCAAAUCAGCUUCAGUGAACACCGUGACGUCUUUCACUACCCUAAAGAGGAUACUUAUGAAGAGGAGGAAGAGGAGAAGGAGGAAGAGACAGAGAUGGAGUUGGAGGAAGAGGGCGAAGAGACAGAGGUGGAAGAAGAGGAUGGGGGUCAAGAGGUGGAAGAAGAGGAGAAUGCUGAUGAAGAAGAUCCAGUGAUGGAAGCAGAGAGCCUGCUGUUCAGCUGUGAAGGAGGUCCUAACCCAGAGAAGGAGGCAGAAGAGGAUGAGGAGGAGUAUUUGUUGAGGUCAGGGUCUGUGGAGGGAGACAGUAAUAUCAACACAGACUUGCCUCAAGAAGUAAGCGGGCUGAGGAUGAGGAGCAGGAGAGAGACGUGA